GGAUCAUAGAACUAGCAAACUUUAGUUUUAGAAUGUAACUGUUUUAUUUUUUCGGUGCAAGAGGGGCUUUUUGGCAUCUGCAUACUCAUACAAAAUGCAGAAGUCAAUUUUUUCUUCUGUAUAAAUAUGCAGUGAUGUCAAUUUCUUAAAAAAAAAAAAAAAAAAAGGAGUACACAGCAUCCAGUUAAACAAGAGUCCAAGCCUUCCCAAGGAAGCCUACUGAACUGUGGUCACUGCAUAGCCCUGGUGCUUCCACAUAUCUAUCGAGCCAUCUCUUCCAGGCAUCUCCCUUACCAGGGUGUCACCAUGCUUCAUUUUGACUCCCAUCCCGACAUGCAGAUAGCCACCGAGCUUGAUGCAGACACAGUAUUUGAUAAAUAUGAGCUGUUCAGUGCCCUCAGCAUUGAGAACUGGAUUCUACCAGCAGUGUAUGCCGGCCACAUUCGUCACCUCGUCUGGAUUAAACCACCCUGGGCAGACCAGCUACCAGAGGGCAGCAGACAGGUGGUUGUUGGAAAGCACAAGGAGUCAAAGAAACUCAGAAUAACUUGGCCGGACGGUUACUUCAUGAGCGAUUGUCUGUAUGCCCCAAAAGAGGACUUGGAAUGUACCAAAGAUCUUUCAGUUGACGUGGUUACCAUGGAUACAGACAUAGUACCAAGACAAUCAAACACAGCUCCAGCCGAUUUUAAAACGAAAACAGACAACCCACCGCAGUCUCGUAAUUCACCAAAUCAGGAAAGCUGUUCCAGUUGUGGUUGUAUGCCUGACCGUUCCAUUUCCCAGUCAACUUGCGCCUCUGACAGGAAUACACAGAGCUUAGAAAGCGAGGGCGCUGUUCUCGCAAAGUCAGGUUGCCGUUCUUGCAAAGAAAACAAAGAAAGUGAUUUGCUUAGACUUAAGAACAGUUCCAAGACAAAUGAUAAUCCGGCAUUGAGUGAAACUGAGGGAACACAAACUUAUAAAGGCCACGAUAAACUUACUUCAGAUGAUGUUUGCGUAACUGCUAGUGCUGCUAUGGAAAGAGGGAAUGCAACCAUUUUGGACAUCGAUUUGGAUUUCUUUUCAACGAGAAAUCCCUUCAAGGAAAUUUACCCAGAGACCCAAUUUCGUCAGUUGGAGGAUCUGUAUCGCUUUGAAGGCCCAGUAGAUGACAGUGAAUCAGCAUUAAGAGACUGCACAGACGAGCGAGCUACACAGCUGAAGGAGCUUGAGUUGGCUUUGAGAUUGGUCAUAAACGGGGAGGAGAAAACCAAAGAAGUGUCCGACGAAAGAUUCAAGCAAGUGAAAUCCUUCAUCGACGCUCUCCGUCCAUCGUUGACCAGUGAACCCCUUGAUGCUGAGAUGAUCCACAUGGCUGGUCUGACCUGCGAUGACAACGGGGAACUCCCCCAUCACGUCAGCACCGAGGCAGAGAUUGACAGCCUCAUGGUUGCUACGGAGACACUGCUGUCAAGUUUACCCAAACCAGUCAUAGUGACUGUUGCCAGGUCUUCACAUGAUGAUUACUGCCCACCUGAGCAAGUUGACCAAAUCCAACAGAAGCUUCUGAAGAUUCUUCAGAAUACCUACGGAAAACUUGAUGUCCACUUGGACUACAGCAACCAAGUAGACAGCUAAAAAAUUCAUGCAGACUAUCUGCAGCAGAUAGCACCCGAGAGAUGCCAUCUUUCGGGCAACAUUAGCUAGUGCCCCAAACCAUUUUCCAGUGUCCCCCAGGUGUCCCCAGGCAUCAUGAAAAAAAUUGCAAAAAUGCCCAUUAAAAUAAAAGCGAAAAGAAGCGAGAAAAAAAGAGGAAAAUGCAUUUUUGUUUAGUACAAAAUGUAGUGAACGAUCGCAGUCGGGAUCACUACCGCUGCCACAAAAUACCAUAAGACGUUGUUGGCCCCAUGUGGUUUACUGAAUAAUCAUGUGGUAUUUACGCAUAACGUAAGAGUUGCGACAAUCAUUGCGACAAUCAUUGCGGUAAAGAUGGUGGACUUUACUUUGUGGCGUCAAGUGAGAAAUAUCUAUAGUCACAAAAGGAAAAAGGAAAAAACACUGUUACAACUUUUUCUGUUGAGUUUUUAUUUAUUUAUUGAUAAGCACCAAGAUCCAGACUGAUUUGAUCGUAUACUUCAUUAGAACUCCAAUUAUUUACAAAACAAUUUAUACAACGGUAAAACAGGUCACUGCAUUAUGUCUUCCAAUUUAUGCAUAAAAAGUAGAAAAAAAAUGUUUGUUUGUAAAACAAAAGUACAUUAAUAUAAUGUGACAGUACGUGUGACUAAAAGUUUGGAAUAAAAAACAGGAUAGAUUCUCUUUGAGCAUUCUGAGGAAAUAAACUUAAAAACUGAGAUCAAAAGUAAAGUCUUGUGCAAUCUCCUUUAAUUGUCCUUUUUUGUUCAGAGUUCCAGGUCUGGAAUGAAAUAUACCACGAAGGCCGUGGCCUUUUGUUGCCCUUAGUGACCCUUUUAACAGGUUUCCAUUACACUUUAAAAAAAAUUCCAAUGGAAGUAACCUUUGCAAAAUGAAAAUGGGCUUGCCCCAAAAGAUGAAAUUCCAGUCCUGACCAACUCUUGCCUCUCAACUCUACCCCCACCCCCAUGCACAAGCUGGUAUAUCGAGCCUCUACAGUUCAAAAGAAACAAGAUAAAAUUUACAAGAAUCUUGAAAUAAAACCAUAAACGCUCCAAAUUGCACAGCAGACCUUUUAAAACCCAAAUUAAUAAAACGAACAGUAAAAUACCAUGAACCUCAUUUCAAUUUAGCGUUGUUCGCCCAAACUUGCAAAACUGGGGUCCGGGAUGCCCUUCUCCCCCUGUUUGGGAAGAAAAACCAUUCAGCAACCCUAUUUUUUGAUAAAUAGACGUGGUUGCCAGUGACUUUAUAUAUUUAGAUUUUUUGGUUCAUAGCCACCAAUAUUGUUUCUGAAAUAGAAACUUUGAUUGGCUGUUAUUUUCCCGCUUCUUUCUGGAU